UAAUGUUCUCCAAUUGACGAGCUUUCAUAUUUUGUCAUAAAUUGUGCAGAAUAGAAUUGGAGCAGAUAUCAUAAUGGCUCUGGAUGAUGUUAUAAAGACCACCGUUACUGGUCCAAGAGUUGAGGAAGCUAUGUAUCGAACACUUAGAUGGAUAGACAGAUGUAUAGAAGCUCACAAGAGGCCUCAUGAUCAGAACUUGUUUGGUAUUGUGCAGGGUGGUUUAGAUCCUAGAUUGAGGGAUAUUUGUGUCCAAGGUCUGGUGGAGCGCAAUUUGCCCGGGUCAUGCAAAAGACUCUUGAUCUCAAAUAUGGCGGAAGUAUCAUCAAUAUUUCAGUAUGUUUCCUUGGCAGCGCUCCAGAUCUCAGUUGAAGUGCUGUGAUACAUAAAGUUUUGAUGGUCAUUGAGUUUAGCAGCCAUGUCAUGACUAAGAUGUUCUAUAGUUUUUACUGAGUGGUCAGGGUCCUUUUUCUUUGGCUCUCUGGCAUCAUCAAAUAUGUAAUCUUCCCUCCCAUUUCCUUGAAGGAAAAUUCGAACAGAUCUUGCCAUUGAAUGUAGUUUUGACAGUUUAAUUUGUAGCUAGUGGUGGGGAUAAUGGCGUUUUUGGUUAGACAUAAUUAUGG